AUGGGCGUUCCUAUGCAGCUGCAAUACCUCGCAGGACCUACAGAUCCCUUUGCGAUCCUGUCUCGGCUGCCAGGCGUCUCCAUCAAGCAGCAGAUCCAAUGGGCUGAGGUUCUAGUUGGCUGGGACAUGCCGGAGAAGUAUUUGAUCUCUGACCCCGUCGGAGGCCACGACCUUUUCGUCGCAGCCGAACGUAGCAAUGGAGUGAUGGGUGCCAUCGGUCGGCAGGUCUUCGAAGGAGGCCAUCGGCCAUUCACACUGGACAUCGCCAUGCUUGCAGGUCCAGGUCAAGCUCCGGUGCCCUUCGUGCGCCUGGAGCGGCCAUUCGCCUGCACCUGCUGCUGCUUGGGUCGACCAAAGAUGCACAUCCACAACGCACUGACGAACCAGCUGAUUGCAACCACGGUGGAGCCGUGCUCCUGCUGCCACCUGCGGAUUCACAUGAAUGAUCAGAACGGCUCCGAGGUGCUCAACUUGAACCACCACUGCUGUGACUGCUCCCUGCUCUGUUGGGGCUGUCCGUGCGGCUGCCAGGAGACGAACUUCCAGGUGUACGACCACGGCCAGUCGGUGGGAAACAUCAAGCGACAGUUCAAUGCCCAGCAGGCGCUUGGGAUGAUCACGGGGGUAAAUGCCGACUCCGACCAGUUCCAUGUUGACUUCAAGGAGGUUCAAAGCCCCGAGUGGAAGGCCGCGCUGAUUGCCAUGGCUCUUUUCCUUGAUUACUGCUACUUCGUGAAGGGCGGCAAGGAAGCGCGACGAGAAAGUGCCCUCGGGAGGGCGGUACAAGUUGAGCGCCGUUGGGAGAACGAUCGCUGA